UGGCUUGUGUUUUAUGUUCGUUGUUGUCAUUUUAAAUAAUCAGGCAUAAAUUUUAGAUGUCAUUUGUUAAAAACUUAUGUGAUUAUUUGUAAUGUAAAAGCGGCUAUCAAAAUAAAAUACGUUAUUUUAAUUCAGUGACACCUGCACUCCAAUUAGGUACCUACUUGUGCACAGUCAGUGUGCACUUUUUGAAUUUAGUACAACUGGUACAAUUGGAACUACAACCAUGACACCUAAUUUAAAUUCAACGGUCACUUUGAAUUGGUACGACUAUACCAUCUUUGUAGGUACUUUAGUUUUCAGUACUAUGAUCGGAAUCUACUACGGAUGCUUUGGAACUAAACAAGCAACAACCAAAGAGUAUCUCUUGGGAGGAAAAACUAUGAAAAUCGUUCCUAUAGCGAUAUCAGUAGCAGUGAGUCACAUUUCUGGAAACUUGCUACUAGGAACAGUAUCAGAUGUCUACAAAUACGGAACUGGCAUUUGGUUGCUUAAUAUUUCGUUUGUAGUUAUGGGGUUUCUGGCAAAUUUUGUUUACCUUCCCGUGUUCUUUAAACUGCGACUGAUGAAUAUUUAUGACUAUUUGAAGGAAAGAUUUGACACGAAAACAAGAAUUUUGGCGGUUGUGUAUUACAUGAUUGCUGAGAUUCUUGUAUUUCCAGUGUAUGUGUACACUUCAUCUUUGACGUUAGCUACUGCUAGUGGUUUUAAUGUAAAUUUGAUCGCUUUUAUUUUAUCUGCUGUCUGUGUCUUCUACACUUCAGUAGGUGGUUUUAGAACCGUGAUUUGGACAGACUUUUUUCAGUUUGGUAUAAUAAUGGCUUCUUUUAUCACCGUGUAUGUGGUUGCUCUUGGAAUAUGUGGCGGAUUUUUACCCGUGUGGAACACAGCAAUAGCUGGAGAAAGACUACAAGUUUUUAAUUUCGAUGUGGAUCCUAUAGUAAGAGAUAGCUUCUGGGCUAAUUGCAUCGGUGGAGGAGCCUUCUUUGCCGCCUACGUAGUCGUACGUCAAUCUGGUGCCCAAAAAUUCCUAACUUUGGCGAAAUUUACAGACAUCAAAUGGUCUAUUAUACACACUGUAAUUAAUAUGUCAGUGGUCCACACUUUGUGUGUUUUCGUUGGUUUAGCGGUUUACGCCAAAUACAAAGAGUGUGACCCUUUGGCUAGUCACAUGAUUUCAAAAUAUGACCAAAUUUUCCCGUACUUUGUAACUGAAAUCGGUGCCAGCGUGCCAGGAAUCUCUGGUCUCUUUAUAGCAGCUAUUUGGAGUGCAGCCUUAAGCUCAAUGUCUUCAAACUUGAACGCUGUCUCUGGUGUUAUAUACAAAGACGUUGUGUAUUUAUUUUUCAAGAAACAACCUUCCGACAAUAGUAGCAGUGCUAUUUUGAAAGUAAUAGUUCUAGUUGUUGGAACCUUGUGUACUUGCUUGGUGUUUAUAGUAGAAUUAUUGGGAGACAUACUUUCUCUUGCUGCAUUAGCAGUAAGUCUUACACAAGGACCGAUAUUAGGAGUUUUCACACUAGGAAUUUUCUUUCCAAAGGCAAACCCAAAGGGGGGCUUCUAUGGUAUGCUUGGAGGUUUGAUGGCUGCUCUUUGUCUUACACUUCCUACCAAGUAUUACGAACUGAGUGGUUUGAUAAAGUAUCCUAUGAAACCCCUCUCAAUAGAUGGUUGUGCUGGGUUUAACCAAACGUUAACCGCUGCAAAUUUUACUUCCUUAAAUGGUACCGUUUCAUUCCAACCCCCUUCCGUUUUUAAAAUUUCGUUUUACUAUUACACGUUUUUCGGAGCCACAAUGACCAUCGUGUUUGGAUUAAUUAUUAGCUAAGCAUGUCAAAGAGUAGUUCCUCAGUUGACAGAAAACUGCUAAGUCCGUUGAUUUACAAGUAUAUGCAUGAAGAAUGUCCAGACGAAGAAAAGGUGGCUUGUGUUAGCGUAAACAAAACAAUACAAAUUCGUGAUUAGAAUUGAUUUCAUAUUUUAUAAUUUCCUUUUGCUAUUUUAGUGCAGUGUUCCCCAAUGUAUA